GGGUUUUUUGGGGUUUUUUGGGUUUUUUUGUUGCUUUUUGGGUGUUUUUGGGGGAAUUCCCGAGGAGCUUUGGCGGCCAUGUCGGACACGUGGAGCUCGAUCCAGGCCCACAAGAAGCAGUUGGAUUCCUUGCGGGAACGGCUGCAGCGGCGCCGGAAGCAAGACCCCUUGGACCUCUCGGCCCCUCCCCGCACCUCCAGCCCGGGCCCCGCUUCCUCCCCUUCCCUCCUCCCAUCUUCAGCUCCGCCAUCUUUGGCCACGCCCCUUCCGGCCGGGAUGGGCGGGGCCUCAUCCGGCAGCGGCGGCGGCGGCGGGACGGGCGUGGCCGAGGUGACCUUUGACCCCGCCUUGGAACGCCGCCUCCUCCUCCACUUGGCCGACCUCAGCCUCCCCCUCCCCACCGACGCCGCCGCCAUUUGCGACGCCAUCGCCGCCCCCGCGGCCCGGCCGGAAGUGGAAAGCCUCCUCCAGAAGUUCGCCGCCCAAGAGUUGAUCGAGGUGAAGAGGGGGUUGCUCCCCGAGGGGCCUUCCCAGAGCACCUUGGUCACCUACGCCGACCACUCCAAGCUGUCAGCCAUGACGGGGGCGGUGAAGGAGAGGAAGAGGAGGGCGGAGCAAGAUGGCGGCGGGGAGGACGGCGGCGGCGGUGGCGACGAAGAAGGAGGAGGAGGAGGAGGAUUGGGUGGCCUCGGGGGUUCGGCGUCGUGCGGGGGAGGAGUCGGGGGCCUGGGGGGAGGGGAAAUGGCGGGGAAGGAGGCGCUGAAGAAGUCGAGGAAGCAGGCGUCGGACGUGGACCUGGAGAUCGAGAGCUUGCUGAGUCAGCAGUCCACCAAGGAGCAGCAGAGCAAGAAGGUGAGCCAGGAGAUCCUGGAGCUGCUCAACACCACGACGGCCAAGGAACAAUCCAUCGUGGAGAAGUUCCGGUCCCGGGGCCGGGCCCAGGUCCAAGAGUUCUGCGACCACGGAACCAAAGAGGAGUGCGUCAAGGCCACAGGGGACGAGCGGCCAUGUCGCAAGCUUCACUUCCGGCGAAUCAUCAACAAGCACACGGACGAGUCCUUGGGCGACUGCUCCUUCCUCAACACCUGCUUCCACAUGGACACCUGCAAGUACGUCCACUACGAGAUCGACGCCUGCCCCGAGACCCCACCCAGGACCCCACCCCACGCCCACCCCCGCGACCACAGCCCCACCCAGGACCUCACCCGGCCCCCUCCUCCCGACACCGGCGCCGACCGACUCUUCCCCCCACAG